ACGACAAUUUUCUAGCUUCAGGACUUAGCGAAAGCAUUGCAGCUUCAUAAUAGCAAUAAGCGAUCUGGCUUAAGCUAGUACAGAAAGGAAAAUGGCUGCCAUGGAGAGCAAAAUAUUACCAGGAUCAUAUCCGAUGAAUGGUGGAGAUGGGAAAGUUAGAUAUGCUCGUAAUUCUCAAACUCAGAGAAGAGCAGUGGAUGACGCCAAGAAAAUUAUCAGUGAAGCAAUUGCAGACCUUCUGGACAUAGAAAAUCUCACUCUGGAAUCAUCUAACAGAUUCCAAAUAGCAGAUUUAGGCUGUGCCACUGGGCCAAACACAUUCUACGCAGUGGAAAACAUCAUAGAAGCUGUGGCCAACAAGUACAAAACCUUGCAUAAGAAUCCUCAAACUCUAGAAUAUCAAGUGUUCUUCAGUGACCGAAUCGACAAUGAUUUCAAUACCCUAUUCAGAUCCUUCCCUUUCCCGAGGCCAUACUUUGCUGUUGGAGUGCCUGGCUCUUUUUAUGGCCGCUUGUUUCCUGCAGAAUCUAUUCAUUUUAUGCACUCUUCAAAUUCAUUGAACUGGCUUUCUAGAGUUCCUAAUUAUGUCGGAGAUAUCAAUUCUCCAGCAUGGAAUGGGAGCAGUAUAUAUUGUAGAGGAGAUGCAAAAGAAGUAGCUGAAGCUUAUUCAAGUCAAUACAAGAAAGAUAUGGAGACUUUUCUAAACGCUAGAGCACAAGAGCUUGUUGUUGAAGGGUUGAUGGCAUUGGUUCUUGGUGGUCGUCAAGAUGGAGUUCCUCUUUGUCAAACCAAUAUGGGCAAAACCUAUGACUUUCUUGGUUCUUGUCUAUUCGACAUGGCCACCGAGGGAAUAAUUAGCAAAGAAAAAGUGGAAUCUCUUAACCUACCUCAAUAUUAUCCAUCGAUUAGUGAGAUUGAGGAGUUGAUCAACACCAACGGUUGUUUCUGCAUUGAGAAGAUGGAGACAUUUCCAGGCCCUGGAAAGCAUUUUUACGAUGUCCAAAUGUGGUCAAUGAUAGUAAGAGCUGGCUUUGAGGCAAUCCUGCAAAAUCACUUUGGAAGUGAAAUGGUGGAAGACUUCUUUGAGCGUUACGCUAAGAAACAUGCUGAUAAUCUCUUCAUGUUUGACGGAAAUGAUGUUCAAAAUCUUCUGCAAAUCAAUAUUGUUCUCAAGCCCAAAGUUUGUUGAAACAAGUAUUAUUUUUUAUUAGCUAGGCAAAGAUUCAGGUGAAUGAGAUAAAUUACCGCUUAAUUGGCUUGAGAUUACUAUCAAAUAAAUUGAGUAUUUAUUAUUGACGAGUUUGAGUACUGUACUGUAUCAGUUGCUUUCCCUUUUAUUUGGGAUGUGUAUC